UGGUGUCGAGCAACUGCCGUUCACAUCUGGCGCCGCGUUGAAUAUUAGGGUUAACUCUUUAACUUUCUGAUUUAUUUCGAAAGGAGGCUGCCUUUUUAGAUUUUGGUGGUUCUGAAAAAGCUGAAAUGCAUCAGAGUUUGGUUUGUCACAAAUAGCGUAAGUGUGAUCUUUAUAGCCUGCUUUGCGAUUUCCUUGGACUGUCUACACCACCAUGCGUAAACAGAGCAUGGUUACGUUUGUAGAUUUGAUACAUCCACAUAGAAUGAAUAUAAGUAUGAAGUUACACUUUUUAUAGUUCGAUACAAUGUCUAGAAUGUCAUUCGUAUAAAUGGUCCAUCAUCUAUUCAGUUUAGAAAUUAAUGUCUGGUGGGACAGCCUACACGAUAAAAUGUUUCGUCAUAGCACGAAUCUUAUUAGAAAAAGUUGAUAAUUCUACGACUAACAUGACGCUUUGCCUUGAGAUUCACUUUUCAUUUUAACACGGCUUCCCGAGAAAAGAUUAUGUAAUUCAAUUGUCCAUAGUUCUUCACUGUGACAGAUGACAUGAUGAACCAUGCGUUUGUGCACUAUAUGUAAAUUAUCUUAGGUCAUAUAAUAAGUGACAUUUUCAUAUGAUUUUGUCCACUUAACAAGUAACAGUUGGAAGGGGCUCUUGGGAAGGAAAUUUGGGAUAUGGCAUAAAGGCGCACAGCUCCAUACUGAAGUGUUUAAGUUAGUCUGAAGGGAAAUUUAAAAGACCUAAAAAUACAGCGCUGGUUUCUUCUCCACAAAGAAUCAUUUGAACUUCCCACCGCAGAACGAGAGCGACAUAAAUAGUUCUGACAUGUGGAUGUAAUUUCAGAAGAAGUAAAAAAAAAACUAAAAAAAAACAGACAUGCAGAUAAACAAAGUGAGUGGGCUCAGUUUGAACGUAUUACAGAUUUAAAAAGAGGGAGGGAAAGCGAAGAGAUUAUAGUUAUGAUUUUACAAGCCACUAUCAAGACCAUAAUGAGAGGACAGAUAGAGUGAAAGAUGACUUGCUCUUUUGAAGACAGUUUAAAGUAAAUUAAGUAAUUUUACUGAAGCAUCAACUCAACCUUGCUUUCUGAAACGACUAUUGGAGGUUCGGCAUGGUUGUCUCAGGGAUGGGCCCCCCUCUAGUGUUCCACAGUGUGGGCUUUAUUUUCUUCAGCUUGGUCCUCAGUCACGUCUGUCUGGUGGAGGCAGAUGAUGUGCUCACCAAAGAGGAACAGAUCGGUCUGCUGUUUAAAGCCAAACGCAAGUGUGAGGUGGCCAUCAGUAACAAACACAAGCCUGGUGAUGGUUACUGCUCGCCAGAGUGGGAUGGCAUUGUAUGUUGGCCUGAGGGGUCUCCCGGGAAGCUGGUGUCCACUGCCUGUCCAGACUACAUCUAUGACUUCAACCAUAAAGGACUAGCCUAUCGUCGCUGUGACAGCAAUGGGACGUGGGAGCUGACCACCACCAACAACAAGACUUGGGCCAACUACAGCGAAUGUGCAAAAUUCCUCUCGCACUAUAACCAAAACAAUGAGAAGGAAGUGUUUGACCGUCUGUACCUCAUCUAUACAGUAGGAUACUCCAUCUCUCUGGGAUCACUUAUGGUGGCUGUGGUCAUCCUGGGUUAUUUCCGGCGGUUGCAUUGUACCAGGAACUACAUCCACAUGCACCUGUUUGUGUCCUUCAUGCUCCGAGGCAUCAGCAUCUUCGUAAAGGACGUGGUGCUGUACUCUGGCUCUGCCCUAGAAGAUAUGGAGAGAGUCAGUGUGGAAGAUCUCAAGUCCAUCACUGAGGCUCCUCCAGCUGACAAAACCCAGUUUAUUGGCUGUAAGGUGGCAGUGACCCUGUUCCUAUAUUUCCUGGCUACCAACUACUAUUGGAUCCUAGUAGAGGGUCUGUACCUUCACAGCCUCAUCUUCAUGACCUUCUUCUCAGACAGGAAGUACCUCUGGGGAUUCACUCUAAUUGGAUGGGGGGUCCCAGCUAUGUUUGUGACAGUGUGGGCGAGUGUGAGAGCCACCUUGGCAGACACAGAGUGCUGGGACCUAAGUGCUGGCAAUCUGAAGUGGAUCGUACAAGUGCCAAUUCUAACAGCAAUAGUGGUGAAUUUUAUGCUGUUCCUGAAUAUAAUACGAGUUCUGGCCACUAAACUUCGGGAGACAAAUGCUGGCAGAUGUGACACAAGACAGCAGUACAGGAAACUGUUGAAGUCUACAUUGGUCCUGAUGCCACUGUUUGGUGUCCACUACAUAGUGUUCAUGGCGAUGCCUUAUACUGAAGUGACUGAAGUCCCAUGGCAGAUACAGAUGCACUAUGAGAUGCUAUUCAAUUCAUUCCAGGGAUUCUUUGUAGCAAUUAUAUAUUGUUUCUGCAAUGGGGAGGUCCAAGCGGAAAUUAAGAAAUCGUGGAGCAGGAGGACACUUGCGCUGGACUUUAAACGUAAAGCCCGUAGUGGCAGUAACACAUAUAGUUAUGGACCUAUGGUGUCUCACACCAGUGUAACCAACGUCACUGCCCGGGGGCCCCUGGCACUGCACCUCACCACACGCCUUGGGGGCCCCGUCACCGUGAACGGGCACCGGAAUCUCCCGGGGUACGUGAAGAAUGGUUCCAUCUCCGAGCACUCCAUCCCUUCCUCAGGACAGGAGUUACAUGUUCCCGAGGAGGAGCAGCCAUCCAGUAACGUGCCACCGCAUUCUGUUGAGGAGGAGAAACCCUCGCCUGUAGUGGAGGAGGAGCGGGAGACCGUCAUGUGACAAUCAUGUGACCUCUUGCGAGAGACUUUCAGGCAGCCUAUAGCGCCUCCACUGGGAGAACGAUCUCUGUAGGAAUGAGUCAUGGGAAAGAUCUCAAUUACAUACUCCUUGUGUCCUCUCUCCUCGUCUCCAGAGGGACCUCUGGCUUUCUCAUCCAAUGAGUUUUGAAAAGGAGAAGAGGAGAGAGGGCGCAAUUGAGAGCUUCCCAUGAAACAUAGCACCACAUAGACCAGUCAAGCUUCUCAGUUGAUUUUAUUUCACUGCCUUCAAUGUGUUGCAGCAAGUACUUUAUAAUGGAUGAAUACCAACCAUGGUCUGUGGAUGAACAGUAGGCUAAUGUGUCUGACUGAAACAGACAGCAUUGAUUGUCCACAGGUCCUGUGGCUGAAGGUAUCAACCGUUUACUAUGGUCCUCAUUCUGGCAGGAGCAUGUUAGCUUAUGUUAGUGUAGCAGAUGGCUAAGUUAGCAUACAGCUCACUAGCUCACAUCUGCUACAUUAGGCACUCCUAGUGAUAUGAGAAUAUGCCUGGCUGCAGUUGAUUCUGCAUGCGUAGUUGGGGAGAUCUCACUACGUUUCAAUUUGUUUGAAAAUGUGGAUGUACAUUGAGAUGACCCAACCCACUUUGAUGUAGCUAAAAGGGAAUAAAACUCAGGUCCUCUAAACCCUCCAUUCUAGUGCAUCAGUUGGAGCUAGUCUGUAGUUUCAGAGGUGUGCUGGCUUCUAGAGUUGAUUUAUAUGGAGAAAGGCCCAAUGGAUUACUUUUCCCCAUGAGUAUCAACUUUUUGUACAGUUUGUAUUUUUGCUAUUUAAAAGAGACUAUCCUAAUAUUCAAUGGCUAAUGAAGGUUAUGCUUUUUCCAUGAUGUGUUGAUGAUUACAUUCUUCAAUAAUAAUAUUAUAUUUCACAAUAUAUAAUGCCACAAAAGUAACCAAAACCUGGAGCUCAUUGGAGUCAAAACGUGAUUUUCCUGUUUUUUACAUAUAUUUCCACACUCUGAGGUUUGAAUAAUACUGUAAAAUUGUGAAAAUUAUGAUUAUGCCCUUUUAAUGUAAGAGCCGUUUGAAAAGACCACCUGAAAUUUCUGCCUGUUUUGGUUGGAUGUAAUUUUGGCCUGCCUGGCAAUAUCACCAGGGGGUAAAUUAGUUACUAGACCAAUAAGAAAGAGAGUUCCAAACCUCUCUGCAAAUAAUAGCUCGUUUUCAGUUUUCCUCUCCCAACUCAGACUACUUCCAUAUAGUCCUAGCAAAAUUCUUGCUUGAGAAAUUACUCUUUGCUAAGAAGGAAUUUAGGUUUAUUUUUUACCAUUUUAAUUGAAAACAAUCACAAUAAGGUACUUAAUUGUUACUCGGAAAUGAUUUGUUAUUGAGAUACAAACGGCUGCAUUGGACCUAAAGUUUUGGGAGAAAUGGAGUGGUAGAGACAGCUCAAAGAGGACAAAAAAUGGCUAUUAUUAUAAUGGAAUUGUAGAAAAAUACUUUAUUAAUGUUUUAAAGGGAGGCACCCUCUCCAAAACUCAGGGUGCAGAAAACAGUAAAAAAAAAAAUACGGAAUGUUAAUUAGAUGAGGAACUCCUAGGGAUUCUCAAAUUCCACAGGAGAAUUCCCAGGGAGACUUAUGAAGAGACGGACGGUAUGAAGGAACACCAGAACUGAAUAGUACACAACUGUUAUGUUUUAUAUAGUCCAGUGUUUUGCUGCUCUUUUUGUAUAUACAGUAUGUAUGCAUUUGCAUAGAAGUCACAAUGUUUACAAUGAUAAUAAAAUACAUUCUAGCUGUGAGCUAAAAUAGCAUCAAAGGUCAUGUAAAUGUAUUAGAACUAUAAUUUGAUAUUUGUACAGACUGUUGAAAAUGUUAAGGGAUGUUGAAAAUGUAGAAUGAUUUAUAUUGUAUUUAGUGGUAAACACAUAGAAACUGGAUAUAUACUAUAGGUGAGGGACAACAUACUGUAUGAGGAUUCAGGACCAUAGAGUUAACAUUUCAGUAGAAUGCCUAUCAGAGGUAAUAACAUUAGACAGCUAUUUACACUAUACUCACAUGUAAUUCUGUGAAUAUGGCAGUUUAGGUUGAUGGGAGUCAAGAACUCAAUUGCACUCCGCUACUGUAUAUCCACAUGUAUACACUUUGACCCUACAGUUCCCUCCCCCACUACUCUAUAUCCACAUUUAUAAAGUGGGAGGUUUGAGCCCUGAAUUCUGAUUGGCUGAAGGCCAUGGUAUAUCAGGCCAUAUACCAAGAGGUAUGAGAAAACAUUUAGUUUUACUGAUCUAAUUACGUAGGUAACCAGUUUAUAAUAGCAUUAAGUCUCCUCUGUGGUUUGUGAUAUAUGGCUAAAAUACCACGGCUAAGGGCUGUGUCCAGGCACUCCGCAUUGCGCCGUGCCUAAGAACAGCCCUUAGCCGUGGUAUAUUACAUCGGCCAUAUACCACACAUCCCCAGGCCUUAUUCCUGAAAUAUAUACUUUGCGAAAAUAUUUCUAGUUACACUUUACAUUUCACUUCCAUCACACUGCAGUUUGCUUCCCAGACAAUGUUCAGGGAGUGAAGUGAAGGGAUGAAGUGAUUUGUUUGUUAGUUUGUCACAGAAGCAGAAUGUGUGUCUUUUAGAGUGUGUCAAGUAGCCUGAUCCUAUACAGUACAGUAUGUGCUGUAGCCAACUCUUCUAGCAUUGUCAUGCCUUACUGUAUGUACUGUAUGUUUGGCAUGAAAAUUAAUGAACACAUAGAACACAGAGAGGAGUUGGCUAAAGCACAAACAGACUCAUUCACCAGGCUAUGUGUAAAGAUGUCAAGGUCCCAACACGCAUUGUCCAUUUCAUUCCCAAUCCGUCCCAAUAGUUCAUAUACGUUUUCAACCCUGUCCAUCACAAUGUCCGUUUCAUUCCCAAUCCGUCCCAAUAGUUCAUAUACGUUUUCAACCCUGUCCAUCCCAAUGUCCGUUUCAUUCCCAAUCCGUCCCAAUAGUUCAUAUACGUUUUCAACCCUGUCCAUCCCAAUGUCCGUUUCAUUCCCAAUCCGUUCCAAUAGUUCAUAUACGUUUUCAACCCUGUCCAUCCCAAUGUCCGUUUCAUUCUCAAGCCGUCCCAAUAGUUCAUAUACGUUUUCAACCCUGUCCAUCCCAAUGUCCGUUUCAUUCCCAAUCCGUCCCAAUAGUUCAUAUACGUUUUCAACCCUGUCCAUCCCAAUGUCUGUUUCAUUCCCAAUCCGUUCCAAUAGUUCAUAUACGUUUUCAACCCUGUCCAUCCCAAUGUACGUUUCAUUUCUGAUCUCGGUGUGGCUUGCUAUUCCUAUUUAUUGUCAUGAUCUUAUAUGGUUAGGGCACAUUAUCUUUUAUACUGAAGAGUAGAGCUAAAUAUAAAGGUGGAGAUCAUUUUCUGCCUCACAAAGAUCUGUUGCGUGAUAUAAGCGUGAUGUAAGGAUACCAUUAGAGAAAGUGUUACCUAAAGAUGCCAUCUAAGCCAACAAGAAAAUGAAAAAUACAGUAGAAUAUCCCCAUUUUCUUAUACAGUGGUUAUCUUAAACCAACCUACAGCCAACAAACAUUCCACUCGCAAGUAGAUACGUUUGGGAGUAUUAUUAGUAUUAUGUUUUGUAUGUAUGUCCGUCUGAACUUUAACUGUCCAUGUUUGGUUCGAAGGGGGCAAUGCUAGAGCCAGUGUUGAUUAGGAAAACAUUUUUUUUUUAUAUAUAUAUUUGAGCACUUUAAUACCCUAUUAUAUUUCCUAUUGUUGGAGCUAGGAACACAAGCAUUUCAUUACAUCCGCAAUAACGUCUGCUAAAUAUGUGUAUGUGACCAAUAACAUUUCUUUUGAUUUGAUUUAUUGAUUGUAUCAUGUAAAUGUAUUGUUUUUUAAAUUCAGUAUGUAAACAGGCCAAUUCUUAACAGAGCUAAUAUUGUACUCGUUUUUUGAAAGUUACCUCUCAUGGAAGUAAAAAUUACAUGAUAUUUUCAUUGUUUUAUUAUUUAUCUUAUAUUGAAAAUGUGUCUGUCCUCAAAGAGAUAGGAGUUGUUAUUUUUCAUGAAUAGUCUUUAUGCCAUGUGUAGAGAGGGUGUGACUGUUUGUGUUUGAAAUAGGACACAUCAUACCUGGUUGAUUUCACUCAAAGUCGGUUGAUUGAAGUCAAUGUUGUAAAUGUAAACGUGGGUUUAAAAUAAAAUACAAUUCCAAUCUAA